AUGCGUCGGGAGGGACGGCAGCGAGGGUGGGUGCGCGUGUACGACCGCGAGCUGGUUGACCCGGAAGGCAAGCGCCGCGUCGUGCACGCCGUGGAGGGGCCGGCGGUGGCCAACGGCGGGUUCAUCCGGGCGUCGCGGAGGCCGACCAACCAAUCCAAGUCCGGCGGCCUCCGCGCGCUCGGCAGGAGCAGAAUCACGCAACAGGAGGAGGAGGAGGAGCCGCAGGCCCUUCCGCCGACGAUGGCCGUGCGCUUCGGGUACUACUACUCGACGGGAUGGCAGUCGCCGUUCAAGUUCGAGUCCGCCAUGUACAACUACAAGAAAGUGGAGAUCCGUCCGCCGGCGGCAGCGCGCUUCGGGGGAAGAUCGUCGUGCAAGGCGGGGCGCAAGUUCAGGCACGACGAGGUCAAGAAGUAUUACCUCGACGCGGCCGACGUCCUCGACGGGCAGCUCGAUUAUCUUCAUGACUUCGAUUCAUGA